CACCUCAUUUUGCAGAGAGAUCUUUCCUAAAGCUAAGAGAUAAUUAUACUAUAUACAGCUUAAGCUCUUGAGUGGGAAUAAAACGUAGCUAUAUAGACCGGAGUGGAGUCUGGUGUAAGAGCCAUAAAGAAACAAUCUCCAGUAAUGGCGUGUGGUGAGGAUAACAGAUUCAGUGCCAUCUACUCUUCCAUUGAGGGGGACGAGUACGAAGAAUAUGUGGAGAUAACCAAUGGCCCCACCGCGUACCUAGUACCCAAUAAAGUUCCUCCUAGAGGUCAAUCCUCACCCCCUCCACAAGUCCCCAGCAGACCACCUGCGAGACCGCCCCCUACAAAACCAAUGCCUCUGCCCAGGGGCAUACAAACGCUCCCCCACAAUGCAAAACUAGACAAGCCGCAACAUAAAAGAAGAGCCGGCACCCCGGCAAACAAAAUGGCCGAGACGCCGUUAGAACUUGGACGCAUCAAAAAAGGCAAACACCCACCUCCGGACAAUCUCCCACUUUUAGACACUGGGCCGAAUAUUAGAGGAAAAUUACAAGUUGGAACUUCACAGUCGGUGACUCAGAGUGAUGCUAGCAUUGUGCAAAAUGACCCUCCUCAGAGAUUGACGGGGAAUAAGUACAGUGCACUAUCAGCUGAUGCAGAGGUCAACGAGUAUGCUAGCUUGAAGCCGCUACAAAUACAAAGAAAGGAAAAUCUUCGAGAGAGAGCAAAGAGAAAAAGAAAGAUGCGCAAGGGCAAUGCUCACCUACAGCAAGCAGACGAUAGUGAAGCCAGUAUCUAUGAAAACACGGUGCAAUUUAAGCGUGAGAAUUCAUCAGAUAACUCGCGAGUUGUGUGUCUUUUGUUGUCCAUUAUAAUCGUGUGUUUGGUUCUCUCCAUUGGUAGUUUAAUCACAGCGGUGUUUGCAAUAACUUCGUUUGAGCACUACAAAGACAGAGCCACAACACUCAGCACUAGAAUAGUGAAUGAAUGCAGUGUGGAUGUAGUACGAAACUCGACUUUAGCGUCAACGACAGUCAGUCAAAAAUGUGGGCAAAAAGACUUUAUGGAAUCAAAGGAAUCAGAAGGAAACAAUGGAACCCAACCACACCCACUAGAAUACAAUGGUACUCAACCACACCCACUCGGCUACAAUGGUACUCAACCACACCCACUAGACUACAAUGGCACACAACCACACCCACUAGGUUGCAGCAUGCGAGUCACGCCAGUCGAUACCAUCGAAGGUAGUACGUGCACGGCUACACUGAUGGAAGAAAGUGGUGAAGAACCAUCUCCAUAUUGUCUGUGCUCAUGCAAAAGGUCCCAAACACUGCAAUUCACAUGCAUCAUCACUGAGACUACUUUUGAGGUCAACUAGAAUUUGAAUUUGAACUUAAAAACGAAAGCAUAUUUUACAUGUGUGUGCAUGAAUUAAUUGCUUACAGCUGGGGUCACUUUUACUUAAAUUAUAAAUCAUGUUUAAGCUCAUGAAAGUGCAGAACUACCUAUAAUUAUAUAUAUAUACAUAUACUAAUAAUAGCAGAGUGCUUGCUAGAAAAUAUAUAGAGCUGCCAU